ACAUCUAGUUUAAUACUAUAGUACAUGACAGUAUUUGUUUUUAUUUAAGGGAUAAAAACUCAAAACCUUCAAUGUAGCCUAUUGAAAUGGGUGGUAAAGUGUAUCCAGGAAACAAGAAUAAUCAACAUUUGCAACAUAUUUGGCACAGGAAUGCUAAAAGGUUCCAUCCUUUGAAAUCUCACGUAGUAUUUCUCCACCCUUUAUAAUUGGUUAAGCAUGGUGGAAUCUGAAGCAGCUCUAAAUCCCCUCUAACUACACGCAGGCAGCACACAGCACACAGCCUGGCUGUAUUACAUAUUCAUUAUGGCGAGUUUUCAAGCGAUCACCACUCCGGCAGCUGCCAUCACAUCGCACCAGAUCUGUGGUAAUAAGAGCUCCACUAAUGGCUCAGGUGUUGCCAGCUUUAAGGCUGCAGAGACUGUCAUUGAGUUGGCGUCCAUGUUCAAGGAGAAGCCAGAUCCAUCCAAUUUAGUGUUUGGAACAGCAUUUACAGACCACAUGCUUACGAUCGAAUGGUCAGCCAGUGAUGGAUGGCAGAAACCUCACAUAGGACCAUUUAAGAAUCUGUCAAUGCACCCAGCAUCUUCAUCUCUGCAGUAUGCUGUAGAGUUAUUUGAAGGACUGAAGGCUUACCGUGGUGUUGAUAACAACAUUCGGCUUUUCCGACCAUUGCAUAAUAUGGAGAGGAUGCUGAGGUCUGCCUGCAGAGCUGGUUUACCUAGUUUUGAUAAGGAGGAGUUGCUCGAGUGCAUCAAAAAGCUUGUCGAAAUUGAAAAGGCUUGGGUCCCUGACUCCAGCAGUGCUAGCCUUUACAUUCGGCCUACUUUAAUAGGAACUGAGCCUUCCCUGGGUAUUAAGAAGCCUUCUCAAGCCUUGCUGUAUGUGAUCCUCAGUCCUGUGGGGUCUUACUUCUCUACCAGGAGUUUUUUGUCACUGUGGGCUGAUCCAAAAUACACCCGAGCCUGGAGAGGUGGAACAGGAGACUGCAAAAUGGGAGGGAAUUACGGUGCAUCAAUAUAUGCCCAAUAUGAAGCCUUGGAAAUGGGAUGUCAACAGGUUCUCUGGCUUUAUGGAGACAACCAUCAAAUAACUGAAGUGGGAACCAUGAACCUGUUUCUGUAUUGGAUUAACGAAAAUGGAGAGGAAGAAUUGGCCACACCACCUUUAGAUGGUGUCAUUCUACCAGGCGUUACCAGACAGAGCAUUAUAGAUAUUGCCCAUAACUGGGGUGAAUUUAAAGUAACUGAGCGCUAUCUGACCAUGGGGGACCUGACAGCUGCUUUGAAAGAAAACCGGGUGAAAGAGAUGUUCGGAGCAGGAACUGCCUGUAUUGUGUGCCCAGUGGGAUGCAUAUUAUACAAGGGAGAUAAUUUGCAUAUCCCAACUAUGGAUAAUGGACCAAAGUUAACUGCAAGAAUACUGAAGCAGCUCACUGACAUCCAAUAUGGCAGAAUUGAGAGUGACUGGACAUACUUGGUGCAGUGAAGAAGAAAAGGAGAUCAGUUUCAGUGAAACACAACCUGUGCAUACACUUUAUCAUUACAAGUAUGCGAUGCUCUCAUAGCAAUACUUACAGUAGCAUAGGUUUAUUUAUGUGAAAUGUAAAAACUUUAAUGUGAGUACAAUCAGUUUUUAACCUCAAAAUGAUGGUAGAUACAUUGUGGAUGUGCAAUUGUUGUGCUGUAAUGGCCAUAUGCAAUUAUUUGAUUUAAAUUUUCUGAAAGCGUACACAUUUUGUUUUGAUAAUUUUGCACCAUUAAUUAAAUUUGUAUCUGUAAGCUCAUGUUUUAAUUAGGUCUACAAACAGUAACUAGCUGGCGCAACACUAGCCCAUUUUUUUUUAAACAAAGGUUUUAGGUAUCAGCAUUAUCUGUGUGCAUGUGUGUAUAGGAUACAGUAAACAAGUCAAAAGUGUAUAUUUUUACUUUGUAAUUACAUUUUAUUUUAGGCUACUUCAGAUGUCAUCAUUUUUAUGUACGCAUUGGGGGGUGGGUGUCUUGUGUAUGCUUGCUCACUGGGACUGAUAAACCUGAUUUAAAUAAUUUUUGUUCCAUUACAUUAAACAGUACAAAAACACAUACAAUUGGUUACUAUGUACUUUAUCAUUUUGAAAACUUGAAUACAAAAAUCUACAGUUUACAGUGCAGUUUAUAAUGAAAUCAAUGUUUCAGUAAUAAAUUAAUACAAUAACUUAGCUGUAUGUAUAGUUGAAACCCAUUCCUUUCUAUAUUUCUAGAGAUUUAUUACUUUUUAAUAGGACCUCUGUGUUUUUUAAAAUGGUUAAUGUGGGUCAACCAAAAAACAGUAUUAUAUAUUAUAUUGUAUUAAGGCGUUGAUUUAAUCAACCUAUUACAUGACAUUUAAAUGUGCUCUUAUCUGCCCCCUAUUUUACUGCAUUUAAUCCUGUACUUCAGAAUACUGUAAUCUACCAAGUGUUUAACCUGUAGUAUUUUGUAUUUAAUCAUAUCCUGAUGUAACUAUCACUAUUAUCUGCUGUAUUAUUGAAUUGUGGUUUGUCACACUAGUACUUUGCUUGAACAAAAGUUAUUGUAUUUCUUGCUCUUACUGUAUUACUUGUACUGUAACAUUUAAUGUAAUUGCUUACGAUUGUAAGUCGCCCUGGAUAAGGGUGUCUGCUAAGAAAUAAUAAUAAUAAUAAAUGGCAGGAUAAAGCACAGGUGGAGCACUAGGGAAUGCCCCCUGUACUGUAUCAACCACCGAUGUGUGGUUAUUCCUAUGGUAUAAAAAAAAAAUCUAGGGGUGACUUUGCCCUGGCAGGGUAUGGUAGGUUGACCAAAUCAACCCCUAAGUUACACUGUAUAUAACUUUUAUAGCAGUUUUA